AUGGUCGGAAGCCCAAGGAUUGUUACCUCUAACGCCAUCAACGUUAUCUUUCUAGAUAUUGACGGAGUUUUAUUACCCUUUUUGUCAAGCGGCUUAAAAGAUCUUUUUCCGGAUCGAACCUUAAAGGCUUUGACGUCAAUUAUUGAACAGUCGUCGUCGCCCAAUUGUAAAACGGAAAUUGUCUUGUCCUCAACUUGGCGUGUUCAAGAGCGGUUUCGGCAAGAUAUUCUUCGCGAUUUUCAUCGAUACGGUGUAAAUCAAGGUGGACCUCUGAAAUCAAUUGAAUUCUACGAUUUUACGGAUCCCUGUAUGCAUUCUGAACGACAGCAUGAAAUAUUUUCAUGGCUCUGUGAAAAUGACCAAAAAGUUGCUGCAUGGGUCGCUCUUGAUGACGAAGAACUGCUCGAAGGCGAUGCCAAUCGAGCCUUCCGAAACACAUUUGACGGACAUGUUGUCAAGACGAACAGUCAUCGCGGAUUGACUAUGCAGGAUGCCAGCGAAGCGGUACAACUGCUACAGGAGCAAAAAAUGAAACCCUGA